AGAGGCAGUUAGAAAUUCAAACUUUUUUGACUGCCUUUUAGACAAGCCCAUAUUUCCAGAACUGCAACAUUUAACUCCCAGAAACUCUUAAGCGUAUUUCGUGGCUACAGGAGCAUUUCUUGGACCAACUGCAAGCCAAAUCCUUCUUCAAAACAGCAAGCCAGUGCGGCUCUCUCCGGUACUCCGAGCAAGCUGGAUUCCCGGAGCUCUUCACCAUGUCUGGCAGGUUUUAGAUACUCCAUGGAGCAACCAAAUCUGUACGAGGUCGCCCCACGACCCCUCAUGACCAGCCUCGCACAUAAUCAGCAGAGUGCCUACUGCUACAAAGAUACAGCUGUUGCCGGAGACCUUAGCGAAAUCUGUGACAACGAGAACUCAAUUGACAUCAGUGCUUACAUUGACCCAGCCGCCUUCAACGACGAAUUCCUGGCUGACUUAUUUCACAACAACUCGAAACCAGAAAAACUCAAGCUGGCGAGUGGCGACUACGACUACCCCCACGGUGUUAAUGGAACACCGGGGGCUCCGCAACAACUUUAUGGCUGCAUGGCCGGCUAUAUGGACUCUUCUAAACUGGAGCCAAUUUACGACAAUCCAUCCACAAGAAUGAGACCUGUGGCAAUCAAACAAGAGCCCAGGGAGGAAGAAGACAUGGGGCAUUCAGUGCCGCCAACAUAUCACCACCCUCAACAUCAUUCGCAGCAUCUAUCCCAUCUUCAGUAUCAGAUUGCGCAUUGUGCGCAGACCACCAUGCACCUUCAGCCGGGGCAUCCAACGCCUCCACCGACCCCUGUCCCAAGCCCGCACCACCAGCAGAGCAAUCUGCCUGGCGGUGCGAUGAAGCUGAUGGGUAGCAGUGACCGGGGCAAAUCUAAGAAGCAGAUUGACAAGAACAGCCCUGAGUAUCGACUCAGGCGAGAGCGAAACAAUGUCGCCGUGCGAAAGAGCAGGGACAAGGCGAAAAUGCGCAACGCGGAGACGCAACAGAAGGUGAUUGAGCUGGCUGCGGAUAACGAGAGACUGCGCAAGAGAGUAGAACACCUCACGCGUGAACUGGAGACAUUACGGGGCAUCUUCAGGCAGCUUCCCGAUGGCUCUUUUGUCAAAGCCAUGGGCAGUUGCGCCUAAAGGACCGACUCAAGACAUGUUAAACUUGGAAGUGGUGCGAAUGUGUCUGCUGGAUAAACUCGCCCUAGAUCUGACAGAUUCUUUACCGUUGUUUCUUAAGGAGCCAGGCAGCUGUGAUAUACAUGUGCCUUUUGUACAAAACGAUAAGCUCAUCUCGCCACACAUUCGAACUGUGGACUAUUGGUUGUUUUUGUGUGUGUGUGUCUUCUGUGUAAGAAUGUGUGUUAGCUACGCAAAACAUAUCAGUGCAGCUAAUAUAGGGUAUAAUUUCACUCUGUUAUGUUUGAAAGUUACCACCCUUCUUUUCCCUUCUUGGCAACCUUUUCAAAUUGUACGCAGUGCCCUUUGAGCUACAUUAAAACUUUGAAGUGCACAAGUCUUUACUUCUUUGCGAAGGAAGAAAAGUGCACUGAUUGGACUCUCUUGGCAUUCUUCCAUCAGGCUUAUAUCCCGUGACAACAACAGGUACAGAACAUUUACUGUAUGCUUGACGUAUUUGAAUGAGGGGCGUGAAAUUUACUGAAUUAGACAGUAUGCCAAAGUAAAGGACUGGACCACAGUCAGCAUAUUGUGGUAUCUGCCUCAUAUAAGCAGUUUGUAUGCACUAUAUGUCGUCAGAAACGACCAGAUGAAGCACAUUUUAUUUUGAAAAUUGCCAUAGGUUCGGGUACUGAUCUUUAAAACGCCUCUCAGUGCACGCUUUAUAGAGUCAAAGCUUUGUAUUUAUGCAGUGUAAUUAAUACAAAAUGUGAAAGAGUGCCUCUGUAUGCAACGUCUGUUGCCGUCUUUUGGAGGAUUCCGGGCGAAGAUCACCAUGUGCUUUCUCACUGGUUUUGCUGUGGAACUCAAUUCUUUCGUAUGUGCAUUUCAUGUGAACUGUAUUUUUGUAUGAGAACACUCGACCAGAUACAGACAUCCAGUGCCUUUUAAAUUUCUCCGUCUUUAUUGUUAUCACUGGCUGAACUUUUUUGGAUUAUAUAAAUCUUAAAAUAUACAGCAAGGAAAUGGAAGCACUUUUUACAAACGCCAUAUUGCAAAUGUAAUACGAAUGUUUUAAAUACUUUUCAAUUGUAAAAUGAACAUUAUAUAUAUGCCAAAAAAUAUGAACUAUAAUAAAAGAACAUUGUCUUACA